GGCAGUUAUUGUCACUGGAGCUCGAGCAUAAAAUCUUAAAUUAUCUCUACAACAUUUUUGCAGGAUGGCGAGCGUUCAGAACCCGUUCGCUGCACUGCUCCAAGAGGGCUCGUCGGCCGAUGGCGUUUCACAUAAGUUGGUUGAGGAGAUUCUGCUGUUUUCGCUGAAUAAGGAAAGUGGAGGCAAUCAAACUCUCUGCCUGGCUGACGUGGUCGUGGAUACCAGUGAGGACACGCUGUGCGAGGACCUGGUGGCGCAUGCCCUGUUUGAGCGACUAAUGCUGAGCAAUACCUCGGAAUGCCUGCUGGCUGGUGGAGGAGGAAGUGGCAGUGGCGAAGCCUGGGAGACGAACGCCAUCACUUACCUUCACGGAGCGUUUGUCAGGAGUGAGCAUAUGGAGGGCGCAAAGAAAACGGCUAGUUCCAAAAUCCAGGAACUGAUUUUGAACAAUGCCAGUACCUGCAUGCGGCAGCCGGACCUGUUUGCCCCCCAGUCGUUCGCCACCCAAUGGUUGGAGCUGUUUGAGCAGGCGAGCGAGCAUGAUGCCAGCACCCAGGAGUUUCUGGUGCGGGUGGCCUGCAAGGUGGUUGAGGAAGAUGAGCCGCUCGAAGCUCUCGGAGCACUCAAAGCUAUAUUUUAUCCAUUGCUCACGGAACUGCAGAAGCUCGUUGCCAAGGACAACUUGAUAACGAUCAAGAAGAACGUCUUCUGGAUUCUGGGCUUCUUUGUGAAGGACAAGCGGGCAGCUGUCCUGGGAGAGCUCUUGAUUGACUACACUACACCCAAUCCCAAGGCAAAAGGCGGCGAGUACAUGGACACACUCCUGGGUCACCUGCUGUGCAUAUCGAUCUUGCCAAAGACCCAGACUGGCAAAUACGAGUUCUUCCAGCAGUUUUCUCUCAAUCAAACGGACCCUGCCCUCUGGGGUCUGCUGUCGCAUCAUCAGCAAUCGACUUUUCAGCUCUUCAAGCAGCUGCUCGUCCUGUCGCCCGAAACCAAGAGGAAGACGCUGCAGUGGAUCGCGAAUUGUUUGGACGCGAAUGUGUCGCGUGGACAUCUCUGGAGCAGCAUGAACUUGAACCUCGAGCAGACAAUGUACAGCACGGCGAGCGAUGCUUUCAUGACCAGCCUGUGUGCGGUUCUCAUCCGCCUAUGUUCACCCCUGUGUGUGCCCUCGCUGAAGGUGCUGCUGGUGGAUCCCACCUACUGCGCUGUGGCCGACAAGGACCGACAGGCGAAGGGUGUGAGCCUGCUGAAGGCCCAUGAUGAGACCUGUCUGCUGCCCACCGUCGAGGGCGAAGAGCGAGUGACGGCGGAGAAAUAUAACUUUGUCACGGAGAUCUUUUACAUGACCCAUAAAUGCUUCGAGCUGGCGAAUCGUCCCUGCAUUGAGCGCCUCGGUCGUGUGAUGCGCGAGCUGCAGAACACCCAGACGGCCUACGAGGAUGUCCUUCGCAGUGAUCCCAACAACGAUCUGACCAAGAAUCUUUUCCGCAUGCUGAUGGAGCAAAUGCAGCAGGUGCUCUCCAUAAGGAACACCAUUUCCGAGCCCACAAACGACAAGGAAAUGCUGAAGUUCUUGGAGGCAUCGGCCAUUUGGCUAACAGAGGUGGCCCUCUUGCCGCGCGAGAGCUAUGAGCAGGCGCUGGACAAGCGAGACUUUGCCCCACAGAUCCAUCGGAAUCUGGAACUGCUCUCGGACACUCCACCCUUUGUGGCACCCUACAUGCAGUCAGUGCCGGAGAGUAUCAUUGAUAAUAUUUCGGCCUACUUGAAUUUCUGCAGGCGAUUGAAUGGCGAUCAGUUUAUACACAUCUAUUACUCCGCCCACGACGCCUUCUUCAAAAUGAUUCUGGUCUUCAUGGGCAGCUCUGGCCUCGUAAAAAACCCACAUUUGCGGGCCAAAUUGGCAGAGGCCCUCGAGUUCCUGCUGCCAACGCAGAUCAUGAACAGCAAUCGGCAGACCUUCGUCACGCAUGUCUUUGACAACCAUCCGGAUCGGCUGAAGGUGGUCCGGAGUCUGCUGAAUGUUUUUGUCAGCAUCGAGAUGACCGGCCAGUCGGUGCAGUUCGAGCAAAAGUUCAACUAUCGCCGACCCAUGUAUGCCAUCAUGGAAUUUCUCUGGACGAAACAGGAGCAUGUGCAGUGCUUCCGCGAUCUAGCCAUCGAGGCGGAGGAGAAUAUGGAGGCCAUUGAGCCGCCGAUAUUCUUGCGCUUCAUCAAUUUGCUCAUCAAUGAUGCCAUCUUUCUGUUGGACGAGUCGCUGUCGAACCUGGAGCAAAUCAAGCAGCUGCAGCAGGCCCAGGAUAAUGGUGAGUGGAACAGUCUCUCGCAAAACGAACGCCAGCAACAGGUCACCAAUCUGCACCACCUGGGCAUGCUUGCACGCUUCGACAACAUAUUGGGACGGGACACCAUCAACCUGCUGAAGCUCCUCACCACGGAGAUCAAGAGUAUAUUCUGCCACAACAGUAUGGUAGACCGCAUUGCGGCCAUGCUGAACUACUUUCUGUUGCAUUUGGUUGGACCGCGCAAGGAGCGCUUCAAGGUAAAGGACAAGAAGGAGUUCGACUUUGAGCCGGCCCAAACGGUGCUGGAAAUCUCGCACAUCUACAUCAAUCUAAGCACCGACGACAGCUUCUGUCUGGCAGUCUCCCAGGACGGUCGCUCCUACAGCGACCAGCUCUUUGGCUUCGCCGAGAACAUUCUCAUAAGGAUCGGCGGGGGCCAGUUGAUCGGCGACAUGUCCGAGUUUGCGGCCAAGGUCAAGAAAAUGGGUGAUCAGUACAAGGAGGAGCAAGAGUUGCUGGCCGAUGCCCCAGAAGAGUACUUGGAUCCGAUUAUAUCCAGCCUGAUGACCGAUCCCGUCAUUCUGCCGAGCUCCAAGGUCACCGUCGACCGUUCCACCAUCGCCCGCCACUUGCUGAGCGAUCAGACAGAUCCCUUCAACCGUGAGCCCCUCACCAUGGACAAGGUCAAGUCCAAUGAGGCCCUCAAGCUGGAGAUCGACCAAUGGAUCGAGGGCAAGCGUAGUGCGGCACGCUCCAAGAGCUGAGCGAAUACUAUCUAUAUAAUUGUGCAGGCACAACCAAAGAGUGCGCUCGCUCCAGGGGGAAAAGGGGACAGGAGAGGUCAGGACAGGACAGGAUCGGGCUAUAGUCAAUUUUACAUAUAUUUUCCAUUAGGAUAAUUCCAUUUUGCUCAUACAUUCUUUGUGUAUGUAAAUCUGUGUACAGUUAGAGUUCUUGAAAUUGUAUUCUUAUUCGCUCUAAUUUUAUUUACUCUGUUUCGGUUGCAUAAAUGUUUCUAUAAUCCCAA